CCACGCGGGUGGCCGCAGCCUUGGGGAGGCGGAAGGGCCCGGGGCGGCCUCCGAGGGGCGCGAUGGGAAUGCCCCGUUUUCAGCGAGCCUGGAGAGCCACCGCCCGGCUGGAGAGUAACCAUGAGCCCCUGGCCAAGCGGUGCCGCCUCCAGCCUAGAGAUGCCGCCAAGAUGCCUGAGAGCGCCUGGAAGUUCCUCUUCUAUCUGGGCACCUGGAGCUACAGUGCCUACCUGCUCUUCGGCACUGACUACCCCUUCUUCCACGACCCGCCCUCUGUCUUCUAUGACUGGACACCAGGCAUGGCCGUGCCUCGGGACAUCGCGGCCGCCUAUCUGCUGCAGGGAAGCUUCUACGGCCAUUCCAUCUAUGCCACGCUGUACAUGGACGCCUGGCGCAAGGACUCGGUGGUCAUGCUCGUCCACCACGUGGUCACCCUGGUCCUCAUCGUCUCCUCCUACGCCUUCCGGUACCACAGCGUGGGCAUCCUGGUGCUCUUCCUGCACGACAUCAGCGACGUGCAGCUGGAGUUCACCAAGCUCAACGUCUAUUUCAAGUCCCGCGGAGGCUCCCACCAUCCUCUGCACGCCCUGGCCGCGGACCUGGGCUGCCUCAGCUUCAGCCUCAGCUGGUUCUGGUUCCGCCUCUACUGGUUCCCACUCAAGGUCCUGUAUGCCACCUGCCACUGCAGCCUGCGCUCGGUGCCUGACAUUCCCUUCUACUUCUUCUUCAAUGCGCUCCUGCUGCUCCUCACUGUCAUGAACCUUUACUGGUUCCUGUACAUCGUGGCUUUUGCUGCCAAGGUGCUGACAGGCCAGGUUCGGGAGCUGAAGGACGUCCGGGAAUACGAUGCCUCAGAGGCCCCGAGCCCCAAGCCCAGCAAAGCUGAGUGAAACUGAAAUAAAAGGAUCAAAGGUGACCCAAGACUUCGGGCUCGAGCUGCCAUUUACCAAAAUGCCAUUUACCAGGCAGGGUUCUGUGUGCCAGUGGGUCGGGUAGGCAUUCCUUUGGGGGGUGUUUGACUCUCGAUGUCCAGGGAUCCUGAGUCAGGAAUUCUGCUGAGGCCUCAGCACGGAGCCUGACCGACCCUCAGAGGCGUCCGGAAGCAGCAGUGGCUGAGAGACUCCAAGGGCGGGGGGAGAGGCUCCUGCUUGGCCACAUCUAAGAACCUGAACGCUCCUCCUGCUGCAGAGCAGUCAGCUUCCGGUGGAGAGUCCUUGUAAAUGCAAAGCCCAGGCCGCGCCUGGUGCUGCUCCCUGCUCUGUCCCAGAGGAUGUCCAGCCAGAACGUGGGCUGAGGGCCUGGCACCUGCUGGCAGUCCCACCAGGACAGCGGAGUGUGAACUCCACACAGAGGUGACAGGGUGAGCAGGGGACACAUUGCACGGUCAGUCCGUGGACCUCGCUGCCCCCAGAUGCCUAGAGUCAGCGCAGUCGGGUGUACAGAUGGGGUGAGCGGUCAGGGUGCCUCAAAACCAUCAGGUCAUGGAGAACAAGGAGACUGCGGACCUGUCCCAAGUCAGAGGACUGAAUGCAGUGGGGGGCCCUGGACCAGAAGAAGGACAGCCGUGGAGAACGGGAACCCGAGGAAAGCCCACCGUUAGCUGGGAGCAGGGUCCGGCGUCGGCUGCUUAUGGAGACACAUGUUCUGUGGGGAUGUCAGGUAGUAACAUCCGCGAAGCUGGCCUGCGCUGCACUGAGUUCUCUGGACUAUCUCUGCGACGUUCCUGCGAAUCUAAAAUUAUUCUAAAAUAAAAAGCUCAUUUAAAAAAUAAAAGGCGUGAGUGACAUAAAAACAGCAUCCGAUGUUAUAUUACUUUCCGGGGGCUGCAGGCACCAAGUACCACGGACGGCGCCUUAAAGCAACAGGGACGUGUCCUCUCACACUUCUGGGCGCUCAGAAGUCGAGUUAUCAGCAGGCACUCGCUCGCUGACGGCUCCAGGCGAGGGUCCUUCCUGCUCUUCCAGCUCCCGUGGCUCCAGGUGCUCCUUGGCUGUGGCUGCUUCGCUCUGAUCUCUGCGUCUUUCUUCACGUGGCCUUUUCUCUCUUGAUUCUCUGUGUUAAACUUCAUUUCAUUACAUCUGCAAAGGCUCUUUCUCCAAAUAAAGCCACUGUCACAGGCUCCAGAGAGUAGGGCGUGGACCUCUCUUUUCAGGGACCACCACUCAACCUCCGAGAGCUGUGAAGGUUCACACCAUUAGAAAGCUGGAGAGAGAGGCAGUCAAGGAAAAGCUGUGAAGAAAUUACGCAGAAGCAGCAAAAACAGAUGGCAACUAUGGCAGCUAGAAUUUUAAGGAUGACCUGGUCUAGCCAAAUUCUAAUAGGAGACAGGUGGGGAG